GAGACCAAACAUUUCGGUAGGUGACGCUGUUAAUCUUUUUUUUUUUCAGCUACACGAGAAGAAGAUGCAGGAUGAUGGCUCCUGACAGCAGGGACGGAGGCGCUUCAUGCGCUUGUAAAGGCAUCCGGCGGUGUCUCGUAUGUGAACAGCUGAAAGGAAAGGAACAGUCGGAGGCGAAUGAAAUAAAGACCGUGCAUCAUUUCCUCUACGAUCCAGAGACCAGGCUUGCCGCUUGCAAAGAUGCCACGGCUGCAUCCUUCCUCUUUCCUGGUGUCUUCCUGUGGGAAAACUUCAUAUCAGAAGAGGAGGAGGAAGAGCUGAUAAGCUCAAUGGACCAGGAUGUGUGGACUGAGUCCCAGUCUGGUCGAAGGAAACAGGAUUUUGGCCCAAAAGUUAACUUCAAGAAAAAGAAAGUGCGUCUAGGUGGCUUUAGUGGACUCCCGGCUUUGAGCCAAAAACUAAUGCUCCGGAUGCAGCAAGAGCCAAGUCUAGCAGACUUUAAACCAGUAGAGCAGUGCAACCUCGAUUACCAUCCUCAGCGAGGCUCCGCCAUCGAUCCACACCUAGACGACUCCUGGCUGUGGGGGGAACGCCUGGUCACCAUCAACAUGUUGUCAGACACCACACUCACCAUGUCCCUUGAACAGGGCCUGCCAGAGUUGGGACUAGCAGAGGAAAUCCACACAGCUGUGCAGCUUCCUCGCAGAUCUUUAGUAGUGCUAUACGGCGAGGCGCGGCACAGAUGGAAACAUGCCAUUCACAGGGAGGAUGUGCACAGGCGUAGAGUUUGCAGCACCUACAGAGAGCUGUCUGCAGAGUUCCUACCCGGAGGUCAGCAGGCAGAGCUGGGAGCUCAGCUGUUGAACAUUGCUUUGAGCUUCCAAGGAACUCCAAUAUAGUCCAAUGUGAUGAUGCACAGGAAUGUACUGUCAGAGGUCAGCAUCCAGAUUCCUUGGACAUAUCUUAGGGUUUUAAAUUUUGGCUAAGAAGGCCUCACUUCUUGGCAGCAUUUGGCAUAGCCUAUGAAUUUAAUAUCCUUGGUACUUUUGUGAUUUUGUCUUGAAUCCAUGGGCACUGAAAUGGGGCCUCACCUUUCAUAGUGUCUGUCAAAAACCUGUCCAAGGUCAUUUAAGAGACUACAAGCUUUGUUUCGCCUUUGAAUAAUCAACAAUGCUCCUGAGAACUCGAAGCACCGCUUAGUUCUGCACCUUGAAUAGUUGAAUGUAACUGUUUUUGCAAGUGAUGACAGAAGCAGAUGCAGCUUGAUUAAUUCAAAUUCAAACACAAAUCACGUAAAAUGAUAAAAAAUGCAGUUAUUACAUGAUUUUCAGACCUACUGUCCUUCACAAAUGUGGUCGCUGUUGUUGUUAUUAACAUGAACGUUCAGGUAGUAUAACAUAUAUUGGUUUGUCCUUGAAUAUCGUAACUGUUUUAUUUAAUAGGGAACAGUUUCUAGCCAGAGGUAUAUUUGUCCAGUAGAUAUGGGCCAAGAAACACAUGCAAUGUAUUUUAAUAA